UGCGGAGACGAACCGUCGGCGAGAGCGGCCCUUGCCGGACCGGACGAAGCAUUGCAACCGCUGCUGUGAGCGCGGACCGGGAGCGCUGUCAGUCUUUCGGCCCAAAUUGGGGGAUGCGAGACCCUGAGCACCUCAGGAUCGUAUGCCUUAAAUGAUAUCAUGAUCCUCCGUGUCCUUCGAGUCCCUCCUGCUGCAGAAAAGCCCCCUAUCCUUCCACACACAGGAACCUAGCACAGCCCACUGCAAUGCAGCCUCGGGAGGCGGGGCAGACCCCUGCAAGCAUAGAUUGCAGGGCUGCAUCCCAGCCCCCCCUCUCCCAGGCACACUCCUCCACCUGCAGCGUGCGGAGUGGCCAAGUCUGAACGCAGAGCAAAGGUUGCAGUGACAAUUCUUGCGUCACCAUAACGACAAAAGCAAAUGCUCACGUUUCCGGUAUCUGUACCACCUCUCCACCGGCACUCUCGAAACAUUUGCCACGGUACUACCUCCCAUAAUGAAACCUCAUCUUCCCUCGCGAGGGGAAGGAGCACUGGCAGUUGCUGGGUAAUUUAAAGACUACUGUGGAGGGUUUGGUGUCAACCAACAGCCCCAACGUCUGGUCCAAGUGUGGUGGCCUGGAGCGGCUUUGCAGGGACAUGCAGAGCAUCCUCUAUCAUGGGCUCAUCCAUGACCAGGUUUGCUGCCGCCAGACUGAUUACUGGCAAUUUGUGAAAGACAUUCGGUGGCUCAGUCCCCACUCAGCCCUUCAUGUGGAGAAGGAUGUAUCUUUUGACUCCUGCCUGUUUGCUUCCCAGUUCAUCCACUUACAUGAGAAUGGCCAGACCAGUGGUGAUGGUGUGAGUGAGCGUGCCAUUGCAGAAUUGUGGCUGCAGCACAGCUUGCAGUGCCACUGUCUCUCAGCCCAGCUCCGACCUCUGCUCGGGGAUAGACAGUAUAUCAGAAAAUUCUACACAGAUUCUGCUUUCCUGCUAAGUGAGGCCCACGUCACAGCCAUGCUCCAGUGCCUGGAAGCAGUGGAACAAAACAACCCCCGUCUCCUGGCUCAGAUUGAUGCAUCUAUGUUCGCCAGAAAGCACGAGAGCCCACUAUUGGUGACAAAGAGCCAGAGUUUGACAGCUCUGCCUGGUUCCACAUACACCCCUCCAACCAGCUAUGCUCAGCAUUCCUACUUCGGGUCCUUUUCUAGCCUGAAUCAAUCCAUACCCAGCAACAGCUCAGAGAGAAGAUCUAAUUCUGUUUCAUUCUCUGGCCUACCCUGGAAACCUCAAGAAAGCAGAGGGCACAUCACACCAGUGGAAGAUCAAACCAUCCAACCCUCCCAGCUCUCAGUCUCUGCAGUAGCCAGGGAUUCCCCUUCAGCCCCAGAUGAGAUGAGUUCCAGCACUCUGACCAGCCCCAUAGAGGCAUCCUGGGGCGGCAGCCAAAAUGAUUCCCCAAGUGAUGCUAGUGAGGGACCUGAGUACCUGGCCAUCGGCAACCUGGAGCCCCGGGACCGGACUGCCAGCUGUCAGAGUCACAGCAGCAACGCCGACAGCAGCAGCUCAAACUUAUUCUCCAGCAGCUCUCAGAAGCCAGGUUCUGCUGCCUCUUCCUUAGGGGACCAGGACAGAGGUAGAGAGAGCCAACUGUCCAGUGUCCUUCGCAGGUCCAGCUUUUCAGAGGGCCAGACACUCGCUGUCACCAGUGGGACAAAGAAGAGCCACAUUCGCUCCCAUUCAGAUACCAACAUUGCCUCCAGAGGACCCCCAGGAGGCCCCAGGAAUAUCACCAUUAUAGUUGAAGAUCCCAUUGCAGAAUCCUGCAAUGAUAAGUCGAAGUUGAAAGGCCCCUUAUCUGGUCAAGGCAGUGAAGGCAGCACACCCAGCUCUCUGUACAUGGAGUAUGAGGGUGGUCAGUACCUAUGCUCAGGGGAAGGGAUGUUCCGAAGACCAUCAGAAGGACAGUCACUCAUCAGCUACCUCUCUGAGCAAGACUUUGGCAGCUGUGCAGACCUGGAAAAGGAGAAUGCCCACUUCAGCAUCUCAGAGUCCUUGAUUGCUGCCAUUGAGCUGAUGAAAUGCAAUAUGAUGAGCCAGUGCCUAGAAGAGGAAGAGGUGGAGGAAGAAGACAGUGAUAGAGAAAUCCAAGAACUGAAGCAGAAGAUCCGCCUUCGACGCCAGGAGAUCCGAACUAAGAAUAUGUUCCCCAUGUACCAGGAUACUGAGCAUGGAAGCUGUCGAGUCACCUCCAGCAGUUCCCAGUUCAGUUCACGUGAUUCAGCACAGUUUUCUGAUUCUGGCUCUGCUGAUGAGGUUGAUGAAUUUGAAAUCCAAGAUGGUAGCGAAGGAUCUAACCUGACUCACAUGUCAAAGAAUGGACUCUCAGUGUCGAUGGCCUCGAUGUUCUCAGAUGCUGACAUCAGAAGGAGCACAGCCUCAAGCGGCAAAUCCUUCAUUUCCUCGCAGACCUUCUCCCACUGCUUUCUACACUCCACAUCUGCAGAGGCCGUGGCCAUGGGGCUCCUGAAGCAGUUUGAGGGGAUGCAGCUUCCAGCUGCCUCGGAGCUGGAGUGGCUAGUCCCAGAGCAUGAUGCCCCUCAAAAGCUCCUGCCCAUCCCUGACUCACUGCCUAUCUCACCGGAUGAUGGGCAGCAUGCUGACAUCUAUAAGCUGCGUAUCCGUGUUCGUGGCAACUUGGAGUGGGCCCCACCCCGGCCUCAGAUAAUUUUUAAUGUUCAUCCAGCCCCAACGAGGAAAAUUGCUGUGGCCAAACAGAAUUACCGCUGUGCAGGAUGUGGCAUCCGGACUGACCCUGAUUAUAUCAAGCGGCUGCGGUACUGUGAGUACUUAGGCAAGUACUUCUGUCAGUGCUGCCAUGAGAAUGCCCAGGUGGUCAUCCCCAGCCGGAUCCUACGCAAGUGGGACUUCAGCAAGUACUAUGUCAGCAACUUCUCCAAGGACCUGCUCAUUAAGAUCUGGAACGAUCCCCUCUUCAAUGUGCAGGACAUCAACAGCUCCCUCUAUAGGAAAAUCAAGCUGCUCAAUCAAGUCCGACUGCUGCGGGUCCAGCUGUAUCACAUGAAGAACAUGUUCAAGACAUGUCGUCUGGCCAAAGAGCUUCUGGAUUCCUUUGACACGGUCCCAUGCCAUCUGACAGAAGAUCUCCACCUGUACUCACUGAAUGACCUGACUGCAAUCAGGAAGGGGGAACUGGGGCCCCGGCUUGCUGAGCUCACCAGGGCAGGGGCUGCUCAUGUAGAACGAUGCAUGCUCUGCCAAGCCAAGGGCUUCAUCUGUGAGUUCUGUCAGAAUGAGGAUGACAUCAUCUUUCCUUUUGAGCUCCUUAAGUGCCGGACCUGCGAAGAAUGUAAAGCGUGUUACCAUAAAAUUUGCUUCAAAUCUGGAAGCUGUCCCCGGUGUGAACGGCUGCAGGCCCGGCGGGAGUUGCUGGCCAAGCAGAGCCUGGAGUCCUACAUGUCAGACUAUGAGGAGGAACCCACCGAAGCCUUGGCCCUCGAAGCCACUGUCCCAGAGACCACCUGAAGAAUGCAUAUCAAGCCCUCUACGUGGAGGCUGGUGUCAUACAUAGUGCAGAGCUGAGCCACCCUAUUAAGGACUUUCCCCACUUGGGGCUGCUUUUUUUUAUUUUUGAAAUUAUCAUCAUUAUUUUUUAUGACUUGUCUGGUGUUUGUGUGUAUCAGCCUUUGAUAGGUUGAUGGGGUCUAGCCUGUUAUGACAGAUAAGUUGUAAUCACCAGAUAUUUCCAUCAGAACUGACAUGUAGAUUCUUAAGCAAAGUUUCCUCUGUCAGGGGAAUGGACAGUGGGACCCAGUUCUUCUGACGAACAUGGCCUCUACUAGGACCAGAUCUGGUUUCAGCCAUAUCUCAAAUAUGAUUUCCAAUUUUAUUUUUGUUUUACUUCUGGGGCUUCUGAGCCAGGCCUUUGUUAACCAACUGUCUUCUCCUUUGCUGCUAAAACGGAGGGAUGGAAUUUUCUCUCUCCUAAUCCUGGAACAGGGUCAGACAACCCUGAGGAGAAGCAGCAGAGAAUGCGACUGUAUCAUGGGCAUUCUUUCCAGCUUAUUUCAGUGUUUGGGGGGGCCAGAAAAACAGAAUCAUUACUAUCCUAGAAUCUUUAGAGACUUUAAAGAGGCAGCCAUGACUUCCCUGUUUGAAAUAUUCUUGGCAUAGAAGAUGUCAUAAGCUGACUUUCUUUGUCUACCCUAGUGUGCUUAAAGCAAGGAACAGAACUUAUGCUUAGACAAGGCCCGUUUGUAGCCUUACUUCACAAGCAUAACUGAGGCCAUAACUCUAUUUCUUAAGGGACAUUUAGUCAGUUAUAGGAACUGUUAGCCCUCCUUUUAGGUGUUCAGGUCUCUUUUAACCUAGUUCUUUGGUACAAGUAUGAUCUUUCAAACUCAGAUAUCUAAGUCCCUAAUGCCAUGCUAUGCUAACGUGAGGACAGAAAUCCCACUCACCAUCUUAGUGGGUCCCUUAACACUAUGUCCUCUGUUAGAUGGUCAUUAUGGUUCUGAGUAAAAGUAAGGCCCAACUCCGUUCUCUUUCCCCUUCCUGCAACAGAACUGGGACCCUUCUUCUUCGUAGCUGAGUGUCUUUUGCCUUAGUUUCUUCUGUCAAAGUUGGGGGGAAAAAACUUCCUGCUAAUCAUGGUGUUAUAGGACUUGAUUAUGAAUAUUCUUGUGUUCUUGGGAUAACAAGAGCCUUUAUUCCAAUUAUGCACUUAAAUCUUUAUCUAGCUUGAUGAUAUUUUUAUGUUCAGUCAUCCCUUUUCAUUUUACUGAUUUUAGCAUUACCCAUCCCCACCACCACCUUUUUAAUGUGUUUUGAUGUGAAGAUUUCUUGGAUGGGACCGUAUAUCUGUCUGUGGUGGUCUUUAAGUUGCUGUAGCUGCUAACCUUUAUGAAAAACACUGGUCAGGGUUAUUUUCCGAGGGUUGGCAGCUCAGUGGACUAAAGCCCACAGCAUUUUUGUUCUGAAAUUGACUUCUUCCUGUUUACCUGUCUUCCCGUAGUUGGUUGCUAAUAGAAAAAAUGUGGCCUGGCUGCUGCCCCAGGAAACUGAACAGAAAGUUGCACAUGGUUGGUGGAAGCUGAUGAAUGCCUGAGCUGCAGGUAACAAGGAGUCUCACAAAGAAAUAGGAGGGGCAUUACGGUAAUGUCCAGACUGGAGCUCCACCAGAGCAAGGGGGAACAUGCAGGAGUCAGCCUGUGGUGUUGGUCCCUGUGCCUCAAACUUGGGAUCUGAAAGCUACAUUGGGCUGGAAAACCCAGAGACUAUUCCUCCUUCAGUUCAUGGUGUAGCUUCAAAAGCCAAGACCCAGCCCAGUUUUGAAGAGCUGAUAGACUCUUCCUUGUACUUCAUGGAGCUUUGGGAAUGACGCCACAAAACUCAAGUCUCACUAAGGGUUAGGCCCAGGAUUCAAAGUCAGGGGCUAUAACAGUGGUGAACUGUACUUCCAGUUUUGAUUUAUAUUACAAAUGCACUCCUUACUCCAAGUCACUACACUGGAGGAGAGGCGUAUUCUCUCGUCCUGCCUGUUUUAUGUGAGCAUUGGAUCAAAGGAUGGAAAAUGCCGACACAGUUUCUACAGCUGAACUUACAGCCUUAUGUGCUCCUGUUUUCCCUUCUUUCUCUUCACCUAAGUGUCCAAUCCCUUUAGAUUGUAUAUCUGUUUUAGUGACCCUGCCCCUGUGCUGUCAUCACUGUCCAAAUACCCAUUUAUUUAUUUAUUAGAGAGUGCUGGAGAAAAGGCAGAGAAUGGGGCAUUUUGAAAGCACUUUGCAACUUAAAUCAGUAUCUGAAAAUCCUCUGCUCUUGUGGGGAGAAUGCACUGAAGAGAGUUCCUUCUAAGUGAAAUGGAAGGGAAGUGUUCUUUUCUGUAAAUAAAGGGAAAAAACAGUUUGCUUCAAGGUAGAGCCAAGAUUCAAGACAUACCAGAAGAGCGGAAGACAAAUAUUUUCCACUUAAAUGAGGCUGUAAUUGACUCUCUCUGCCAAAGCUUUAGAGCUUUUGUUGAAUUAACAUAAAAGGAAGCAAAAGUCUAGAUAGAGAUGUUCUUUAGUGUACAACUUAUGUUCUGAAUUGGAUUUCCACUUGCCAUAAUUCUUGUACACAGCCUAACUGUUCAUUGUCCUCUUUAAUAAACUAAGGAAAUGAAUUUCUGCCUUUUGUUCGCCUGUCUUGAUUAUUGAGGAAUAGUAUUGGGUGUUCGCUAUAAAGCAGGCAUGUCUAAAAAUUAAGGUUUCUUUGUUAUAAUGCAAAGCAAGCUACACCAUACAAGUCAGGAAAAGUGAUUUAAAGUGCUUUGUCACUGACUU